UGUUCCGGCCGCCCGGUCCUCUCCACUGAACUCCAACCCCCGCGCUCUCUAUCAGCAUCUCAUUCCUGUCUCAAUAUGUCUCAAGAUGGCGGCCAAUGCAGGAUCGAUGUUUCAAUAUUGGAAGCGCUUUGACUUACAACAACUACAGAAAGAACUAGACGCCACCGCCACACAGCUUGCCAACAGACAGGACGAGAGUGAACAGUCCAGGAAGAAACUAAUCGACCUGAGCCGCGAGUUCAAGAAGAACACACCAGAGGAUUUCCGGAAACAGGUCGCCCCAUUGCUUAAGAGCUUCCAAGGAGAGAUCGAUGCCUUGAGUAAGAGAAGUAAAGAAGCAGAGGCCGCCUUCUUGAACGUGUACAAGAAAAUAAUCGAUGUCCCAGAUCCUGUACCUGUGCUGGAGCUGGCUCAGCAGCUGCAGCUGAAGCUCCAGAGGAUGCACGACAUUGAGACAGAGAACACCAAACUUCGAGAGACACUGGAGGACUACAACAAAGAGUUUGCAGAGGUCAAAAACCAAGAGGUGACCAUCAAGGCCUUGAAGGAGAAGAUCCGCGAGUACGAGCAGUCUCUGAAGAAUCAAGCUGAGAACCUGGCCCAAGAGAAGCAGCUCCAGCUACACAACGACUAUGCAGAGAAGGAAAGGAAACUCCAGGAGAGCCAGGACUCCAUGUCCUCAAGGUUGGAAGAGGCCGAACACAAGGCCCAGUCCCUACAGACAGCACUUGAAGCAACUCAGGCCGAGCUCUUUGAUUUGAAGACCAAGUAUGACGAGGAAUCCACAGCAAAGGCCGAUGAGAUUGAGAUGGUGAUGACAGACCUGGAAAGAGCCAAUCAGCGAGCAGAAGCAGCUCAGAGAGAGACCGAGUCGCUCCGGGAGCAGCUGGCCUCGAGUAACCAAUCCCAGCAGCUUGGCAGCCCGGCCAAGGCCGACCCCAACACGGAACAGCAGACGGAGGUGGCAUCCCACUCAAGUCUGGAGGCGGAGCUCAGGGCCAAAGAAAGGGAGACCGCCCAGCUGGUGGAGGACGUCCAGAGACUGCAGGCCAGCCUGACCAAACUCCGAGAGACCACCAGCUCCCAGAUCACACAACUGGAGCAGCAGCUCAGCAGCAAGACUGCCACUCUCAAGGAACUGGAGGAGAAACUGCAGAAGCAAGCUGACUAUGAGGAGGUGAAGAAGGAGUUGAGUAUCCUCAAAUCUAUGGAGUUUGGAACAUCUGACUCUGUGCAGGACUCAUCCAAACCUCUGGAGGUGCUGCUGCUGGAGAGGAACCGUAGUCUUCAAUCUGAGAGCGCCGCUCUGCGCAUUGCCAACACUGAGCUCAGCGGGUCAGCCGGGCGAAAAGGGACAGAAGAGCCCACACCGAAGGAGGAGACCAUACCCAGCGACCCCUCUUCCUCGCCCCCUCCUCCCCCUCCCUCUGUUCCUUCCUCCUCCCAGCUCCCCCUGUCUCGCACUCAUACGGACCCCCUCAACACUGCCACCACCACCACCAGCAGUGGCGAAACGCACCCUUUCACUCCUACGGGCAUUGGACAGGACUUCUACUCCCCCGUGUUCCCUCUGGUGGGUGGUAAGAUGGCUUUGAACUCCCUGAUCCAGCGGCAGCUGCUCCAGACCUUCUACUCCAAAGCCUUGCAGGAGUCGUCUGGAAUCCCCAGUGGGGCUCUGCUGUUCACCCCCUUCACUCCAACCCUCAGCUCCAUCCCUACCUCCACCCCUGGCUCCGGGUCAGCUGCCAUCCCUCUGGCAGCCAGCAGCCCGCAGCCACCUCCAGCCAGCCCAGACAUGGCUCCUGUUAACGGGAGCAGCACCGCUGGCAGCGCCCCAUCCCCAUCACCCAGCCACUCUGACGCCACCACGGGAAGUAUAUUGGACGGGGAGGACAUGGACACGGCAGAGAUUGCCCGACAGGUGAAAGAGCAGCUGAUCAAGCACAACAUCGGCCAGCGGGUGUUUGGCCACUACGUGUUGGGACUGUCCCAGGGUUCGGUCAGCGAGAUCCUGGCCAGACCAAAGCCGUGGAACAAGCUAACCAUCAGGGGGAAGGAGCCCUUCCACAAGAUGAGGCAGUUCCUCGCUGAUGAGCAGAACAUCCUCGCACUGCGCAGUAUCCAGGGACGGCAGAGAGAGGGCUCAGGCCAGCCCCAGCUUAGCCGAGUGUUUCAGGAUGUUCCGAAGCGGAGAGCCCUCUCCAAUACAGCUUCACACACAGGUAACAUUACUGCCCGCGUCCGCACCCCAGAGGCUGGUUCAGAUGAGGCUAUCAAGUCCAUUCUGGAGCAGGCCAAAAGAGAGCUGCAGGUGCAGAAAGCUGACUUGUCCCAUGCUCAACCCUCAUAUGCAGGACUGAAAGGAGGGGGUGGAGGCGGGGUGGGAGGCGGCGGGGGCAGCGGAUCAGAUGAGGCUAUCCGCUCCAUCCUAGAGCAAGCUCGCAGAGAGAUGGAGGCCCAGCAGUCUGCACUGGAGCCCAUCCUCAAAGCCUCAUCUUCGUCUUCCUCCUCAGCAUCACUAUCUCAGAGGGACCUUCUGAGCUCCUCGCUUACCGCUCCCCUCCCCCCUUACAAUCCCCUGGCACUCUCCCUCAAAAAGCCUCACAGCUCCCACCUGUCCUCCCCCUCAUCCCCGUCUCCCAUCCUGGACUUCAGCUCCAACGUAAAGAGAGAGGGCAGGGCUUCUUCAGGGAUUGACAUGUCUCUUGACGGAGCUCUCAGGCUGGGUCGGAGCUCUGAGGGGUCGGCCCGCUCUGGAAGCUCUGGAGUGGGUUACUGGAGAGAGCAGUGGUGGAGCAACAUGCAUACAGACCCUCGCAGGGCCGUUCUAAGCCAGACAGGAGAGGAGAACCACAACCAGGAGGACUCCAAAGAGGGAAUAUUGAGUGACAGUCUGUCUCGACACAAACCGUGGAACAAGUUGAACCAGAGGAGCAGAGAGCCAUACCUCCGCAUGCAGCCGUGGCUCAAUGGAGACCAGGGGCAAAACACACACAUCCAGCAAGCUCAGAACCAAGAGGGUACUCCCAAGACAUCAGCAAGCUGCAGCCCCGCUCCAGAGUCCCCGCUCAGUUCAGCUGAGGAGUCUGUCAACGGCCUCACAGGGGAUCCACUCGCUUCACAGCCCUCUAGUCUCAAACCUGCGUCUGAGGAUCCCUCAGGCGGGGAGUCUCAGCCCGGCACCCCACUGCCUGUUCCUGGUCAUUCGGGUCUCAGCAUCCAGGAAAUGGUCGCAAUGUCUCCAGAGCUCGAUACUUACGCCAUCACCAAGAAGGUUAAGGAGGUGCUGACUGAUAAUAACCUUGGCCAGCGUCUGUUUGGGGAGACUAUCCUGGGUCUGACUCAGGGUUCUGUCUCAGACCUGCUGGCCAGGCCCAAACCCUGGCACAAGCUCAGUCUCAAGGGCAGAGAGCCCUUCGUCCGCAUGCAGCUCUGGCUCCAGGACCCACACAGUGUGGAGAAACUCAUGGACAUGAAACGCCUGGAGAAGAAAGCUUACAUGAAGAGGCGGCUGAGCUCCUUGAGUGAUGGCCAUUCUGUGGACGUGGGUUUAGUGGGGCCAGAUUACAUCCAGGGCUCCCAGAGCCCGGGACAGCAGCACCUGAAGAAGCCCAGGGUGGUGCUGGGCCCCGAGGAGAAAGAGGCCCUGAAAAGGGCCUACCAGCAGAAGCCCUAUCCCUCCCCCAAAACCAUUGAGGAGCUGGCCUCCCAGCUCAACCUGAAGACCAGUACUGUCAUCAACUGGUUCCAUAAUUACAGGUCACGUAUCCGGCGAGAGCUCUUCAUAGAGGAGAUCCAGGCAGCUGGAGGGAUGGGGCCUGGCAGUGAGGGGGGCUCCCCUUCCCUCCGCGGGUCCAAAUCAGGAGAGGGGGACAGCUGUGACGGGACAGAAUCUGAGGGCACAGUGGAGACACGCCAGGGACUGGGCCUUGGCUUGGAGGAUCACAGAGGAGCAUGCAAAGACGACAUGGAGGUUGAGUCUGAGGCAGGGGGCUCUAAUAACUCCCCUGACCAGCUAGACUGCACCACCUCAGGCUUAGCCGGGCCAGGCUCCAGCUGUGGACAGGGUGGACUGGGGCUCUUCAGCCUCACAGAGGCAUCCUCCAGUGGCUCUGCCUCUAGUACUAACAUCCCAGCCUCUGGCCCUGCCAGAAACCCCAGGGACAACAAUCUGCGCAAGAAGAAAGCAGCCAAUCUCAAUAACAUCAUCCACAGGCUGGAGAAGGCUGCCAGCAAAGAGGAUCCCUCAGAGUGGGAGUUCUAGCUCCCCCUGACCAUCCUUCAUCCCUCUUGUCUCAUAACCUCACGACCUCUAACCUUGGACCCCUCCUGCUCUGUUCCAGUUGGAGAGUGGACACAGCCAAAGUCAAGCUCAGCAGCCAUUUUUAUUACAUAGAAGCUUUCCGAAAAGAGGAAAGAAACAAAGAGUGGUUGGCAAAACCCUUAAAAAGAAGAUUUACUAAAUACCUAGAAGAACAAAAUAAGAGAACUUGCGUGUCUCUCCGUUUUUUUUAAACUGAGUUUUGUUUUUGUACUGAGAAAAGCACUUAGCCGUCCUGCUGGCCUCCGGCCCUGCUGUACCUCCCCCUAUCACCAGCCACUGGUGCACCAGACUGGUUAGUCCUGAGCUGGGGUCUGACCCACAGCUGGGGUUGAAACCUGGACUCAGUAACACAGGCAAGGCCUGACACAGCAGCUGUCACAGUGAUAGACACUGAUAGAUGAUAGAUAGAGACAGGAACUCUCUUACAAGAACUCUCACUUUCUUAAAGGAGAUUUUUUCCGCUCUUCUUCUCACCUCCCAAGUGUCCACAAACCUCCCCUCACUCAGUGAGACGCCUCAUUUUUCACACUGUAGAGUGACUGUUACAAACCCUUUGCCUUUUUCACUCACUGCGUGUGUGUGUGCGUGUUUGUAUGUUAGGGGUUGUGUCAGUGUGCACCUGUUCGUGUGUGUAUACACGCCCAAAAAUGGUGUGUACGUGUGUGUGUUCUCUUCUCAAUGGCAGCAUGUUUUCUUUUUUAUCUCACUCCUACACUCUUAAGAGGGUAGUGGAAGGCCUGCCGGCUGAGCUGCCAUGGUUACUGAUGUUAAGAGAGAUGAACUUUGACCUGUUGUGUCCCAUAUCCUAUCCUGCUGACAGCCAUGUGAUGGCCAGAAGGAUCUCUAAUUCCUCACAAACACGCACUCAUCUGAAGAGGAAGGAUGGAAGGAACCCUCUUUUUGCCUCCUUAAACCCUUCUUUUAAGGAUGAAGGAUGAUCUCUUUUUUUGAUAUUGCAAUUUGGUUGCCAAUAAGAGAUUGCACAGUCUAUUGACUCUAAAGAGUACAAAAUAGGGAAUUUUAGGAAGCAUUUUUGAUUAGUACAAAGUUAAAACAGAAAAUAAGAGAAUAACAAGUUACUGUUUUUUUUAAAAAAAAAUCUGAAUUAGAGUGGAAUAAUGUUGCGUUGUUGAAAUACGAUACAAUGAAUUCACGUAGUACUGUAGCUGUCUGACAUGGUGAUACUAUACGUGUCUCUUGUUGUUUUAGGUUGUGCACGUCACAGCUUUUGCACCCAGCACUGGACCUGCUGGGUGUGUGUGUGUCUGCACCACCAACAAAUUUUCUCUGUUCACAAACACACAUCUUUUUAUAGGCCAAAUCAGGAAGAGUGUGUGUGUGUGUGUGUGUGUGUGUGUGUGUGUGUGUGUGUGUGUGUGUGUGUGUGUGUGUGUGUGUGUGCGUGCGUGUGUCUUGUGUGCAUUUGUAUUUGCCUGCAUGUAAGUCAGGGUCGAGGUCAAUUCACUCAGAGUCAAAUUUAAGAAGUUGAUUAUCAAUAAUGAAAAUCUUGACUGAAAAAAAAAGGGUUUUAUCAAAUAAAUCGCAACAUAGAGUACUGGAUAAAUUUGUACUUUGUGUUGCGGUCAAAGUGAAUUCACCCCAACCCUGGUAUGAGUAGUUACCACUCUCCUCCAGUCUAUCCUGUAUCCAGGGAUGUUUUGCAUUGAAUUCUACUGUAUACACUACAAAUUAUAAGGCAUAUCACCUCCUCCCUGUCCCACACAAGCCCUCAGUGCCUGUCAGCCUACUGCCUCCCCUUUGUGUGUGUGUGUGUGUGUGUGUGUGUGUGUGUGUGUGUGUGUGUGUGUGUGUGUGUGUGUGUGUGUGGAUGUGUGUGUGGAUGUGUG